GAGGCGCUGCCCGGCGGGUCAGGGCGGGGAAGUCGCCGCCCGAAUAUGGCGGCCGCGGCGGGGCCACACGCCGGGGCUGCGGCGGAGGCGCGGUUCAUCAGCAGCGCCAAGGGAAAGGGCUUGUUCGCCACCAGAAACAUCCGGAAAGGGGAAACAGUGUUCGUGGAGAAGCCGGUGGUGUCAUCGCAGUUCCUCUGGAAUGCCCUGUACAACUACCGAGCCUGUGAUCACUGCCUGCGGGCUCUGGAGACGGCGGAGGAGAACGCCCAGCGCCUGCUGGGGAAAAGCUCCCUGGUGCUGCCUCACCCGGAGCAGUGCAGCAUCAGGAAGGACCUGCACCAGCAGUGUCCCCGCUGCCAGGUGACGUACUGCAGUGCAGAGUGCAGGCAGGCAGCUCUGGAGCAGUACCACCAGGUCCUGUGCCUCGGCCCGUCCCGUGACGACCCCACACACCCCCUCAACAAGCUGCAGGAGGCAUGGAGAAACAUGCAUUACCCCCCUGAGACCUCCAGCAUAAUGCUGAUGGCCAGGAUGGUCGCCACCAUCAAACAGGCUAAAGACAAGGAGUGGUGGAUCAAGACCUUCUCCCAGUUCUGCAACAAAACAGCAAAUGAAGAAGAGGAGAUUGUGCACAAGCUGCUGGGGGACAAAUUUAAGGGCCAGCUGGAGCUGCUGCGCCUGCUCUUCACUGAGGCUCUUUAUGAUGAAUAUCUCAGCAGGUGGUUCACUCCAGAAGGCUUUCGAUCCCUCUUUGCCCUCGUUGGGACCAAUGGCCAAGGCAUAGGAACCAGCUCCCUGAGCCAGUGGGUGCACGCGUGCGAUGCUCUGGACCUGCCCAUGCUGGAGCGGGAGGAGCUGGACGCCUUCAUCGACCAGCUCUACAAGGACAUUGAGAAGGAGUCGGGAGAGUUCCUCAACUGCGAGGGAUCAGGGCUCUACGUGCUGCAGAGCUGCUGUAACCACAGCUGCAUCCCCAAUGCUGAGACGUCCUUCCCAGAAAACAACUUCCUCCUGCAUCUCACUGCUCUGGAGGACAUCGAAGCAGGAGAGGAAAUCUGCAUCAGUUACUUAGACUGCUGUCAGAGGGAGCGGAGCAGACACAGCCGCAACAAGAUACUCAGGGAGAACUACCUGUUCACCUGCUCGUGUCCCAAGUGCCUCGCACAAGCCGACGAUGCCGACGUGACGUCUGAUGAAGAGGAGGAGGGCGAAGGAGAGACGGACGAUGCCGAGCUGGAGGAUGAGAUGACUGAUGUGUGAUCCUGGCCCCGGGCCAGAGGAGAGGGAAGGGAUGGGACGGGAUGUCCCUGUCCUCCCUGCCAGGACAAGCUGUGAGCCAGUGGCCCUCCAGCACAUCCCAGUGCCCGGUGGGGUUGGCUGGUGCUUGCAGGGGAGGCUGGAGGAGAGUGGGGUCCAGCAAGCCCCUGGGACACCAGCUGGUCACCUGUGAGGUGGCUCUGCUGUGUCUGUGCAGGCUGUGAUGUGCAGGAGCUUGUCCUUCCCACCCUGCAGGGAUGUGGGCAAUGUGUGUGUGUGUGUCCGUGUGUCUGUGCACGAGGGUACUAUUUAAUGUCUAUAUUAGCACUAUCUACACACUAUGGAGCUGGGGCCCUUCUACAUCCUCCAUCCCAUGCCUUGGCCAGCAGUGAGGGGCAGCAGGAUCUCACAGGGGAUGCCUCGGAGGGUGGCCGAGAGCUCCAGUCCAGCAGGGGGAGCAGAGCUGACCCUGCAGACACUUCCUUCCCAGCUCGGCCCAUCCUUCCCGUGAGUGACACAGAGCCCCGGGCAGCGACUGCAGGAGCGUGUGGGGAUGGAGAACGGCUGGGAGGUGACAUGGGCUGGGUGUCAUCCCAAACCCAGAGGACAUUUUGGCCGUGGGAUAAGGAUGUGCCCGGGGAUGCAGCAUGUGCUGGGUGCUUCCCUGCACCCAAUGCUCCCACAUGGGGAUGUGUCAGUGCAGAGUGGCCCCCCUGGAUGUCCCCUUGUCAUCCAUCCCAUGUGCCACCCUCAAGGCCACACCGUGUUGUCCCUGUGUGCACAUCAUGUGGCUGGAGGGACAGUGGCUCCCAGUGACAGACAGGCAGCAGGUCAGGGAUGCACCCGGGGUUAUUUCCUCCCUCCAUGGAUUUUGGGGAGUUGUGUUCCUGCUGCCGUGUCCGUGGCAGCUGGACUGUGGGACUGAGGGUGGCACACCUGUGGCACUGCCAUUACCGCCAGCCCUGCCUCCUGCUGCUUGUCCCCAGCCAUCCUGGGCCACAUCCCCUUCAGUGUUCCUAAUAAACCAAGACUGGUGACA